GAAAAAUGUUUUCAUUCUCUUCCUCCAGGGUUACCAAGGCAUGGUAGAUGGCGGCAGGAACAUUGUGGAGGCCAACUGGGAAAGCGUCUCGAGCAUUCUGCAAGUGGGAGGGACCAUUAUUGGCAGUGCCCGCUGUAAAGAAUUCCGGACUCGAGAAGGUCGCUUGAAGGCUGCUCAUAACCUGAUUCAGCAGGGCAUCACCAACCUGUGUGUCAUUGGCGGGGACGGAAGUCUCACGGGGGCCAACAUCUUCCGGAAGGAGUGGAACGGGCUGCUGGAGGAGUUGGCCAAAGAUGGCAAGAUCAGCAAAGAGGAGGUAGAGAAGUAUGGCUAUCUCAAUGUCGUGGGCAUGGUGGGCUCCAUCGACAAUGACUUCUGUGGGACCGACAUGACCAUCGGCACUGACUCCGCCUUGCACAGGAUCAUUGAGGUCGUGGAUGCCAUCAUGACCACCGCCCAGAGCCACCAAAGGACCUUUGUUCUAGAGGUCAUGGGCAGACACUGCGGGUACCUUGCCCUGGUGAGCGCCUUGGCUUGUGGGGCAGACUGGGUGUUCCUUCCAGAGUCGCCCCCAGAAGAAGGCUGGCAGGAGCACAUGUGCAUCAAGCUCUCAGAGAACCGUGCCCGAAAAAAAAGACUGAAUAUUAUCAUUGUAGCUGAAGGAGCAAUUGAUACCCAAAAUAGACCCAUUACCUCUGAGCAGAUCAAGGAGCUUGUGGUCAAACAGCUGGGGUAUGACACGCGAGUGACCAUACUUGGACAUGUGCAAAGAGGCGGGACACCUUCAGCCUUUGACAGGAUUUUGGCCAGCCGCAUGGGCGUGGAGGCCGUGGUCGCCCUUCUCCAGGCCACCCCAGAGACCCCGGCCUGUGUGGUGUCGCUGAGCGGGAACCAGGCCGUGCGCCUGCCCCUGGUGGAGUGCGUGCAGAUGGUGAGCUCUGCCCCACAGCCACGCUGCCCUCUUGUCUGCAAAGCAGGGAGUUAAAUGACCCUUCAGAGG